AUGGGUUCCUUUAGCGUUGGAAGACCACAAGCAGCCCUCAACGCCAUUCGAAAUCUUCUGCUUGGGGGCGUUGGAAUAUCUACUGUUCCGACCGGACUCCUCUCUCGGCUCGUAGCCCCGGCACUUACCAUCGAUGCACCAGCAAGCCAGGGUGGAAGAAUCCUAGAAGUGGCUUUCUGGGGUGGAAUUAUGUCUACUGUUGUGAUUGUUGCUGGUGAGGAUGAUAUGGACAAAAUGAAUUGCUGGGAGCAAGUACUUGGACUUGGCGGCCCACAGUCUCCCAAAAUCCCAAACGAGAAACUGGAUCUCUACCGCCAAAACGGCAUGCCACUUCAAGACUUAGCCCAAUACUGCGAGGUCAUGGAGACUGGUAAAGACAGCAACAUGACUGGUGCCGUGGCUUUGAAGAAUAAGGCCUCGGAAUACUUCUCUCUUGCCAUCUCACUGAAGGUUCCAGCUGGGACAUCUGAGAGUGGUCCCAACGCGAAUGCGGAUGUGCUCCUUGUUCAUGCCUUCAAGGUCGAAACCAAGCGGAACUGA